AUGAACGAAGACAACAUUUCUAUUGAAGAACUCGACAAUGGGGAUACCCUUCGAACCUCCACUGUUAACGUAUUUGGCAACGAGGUAUUCACCUUCGUCACUGGACGAGCAGCUGUGGUGAGGAGAUGGAUCUAUAAGAUCCGUUACGAACAUCGGUUCAAAAGGGACAAGCUAGUGGUAGGACUUGGAGUUCAAUGGAGGCCAAGCAUGGCCAAUCCAGUUGCUGUUCUACAGUUCUGCGUCGGUGGCCGUUGCCUCAUUUUCCAGAUCUUACACGCAAAUUCCAUCCCGCGAAUCCUUAAGAGAUUUCUCGCGGAUGAUUCUACCACUUUUGUGGGGGUCAAUAAUUACAACGAUUCUUAUCUUCUGAUGAGGGAUUACGGUUUGUCUGUGAAUCGUAUCUUUGAACUUGGAUCGGUGUCCAGGAUUAGGAGAGCUUCGAUGGAGACGUUGGCGAGAAGAAUCCUUGGUUUCAAUGGAAUCAGGAAGCCUCAGUGGAUUGGUAGGAGUGAUUGGGACGAUUGGUGGCUUACAGAGGAUCAGAUGGGAUUACCAAGGGGAUUCUGA